AUGAUAAUCUUCAGAUGUACAGUGUGGACGCAUUUGUCAGUGUCCGCUCCCUGACCGAGGGACAGCGCAGGAGGAAGAGGACAGUGUUUACCAGGCAGCAGCUUGCAGAGCUGGAACAGGCAUUUGUGCUGAGCCCUUACCCUGACAUCCACAGGAGGGAAACUUUAGCUGCAAUCACUGGGCUCCCAGAACCUAAGAUCCAGGUCUGGUUUCAGAACCGUCGAGCUCGAUGCACCAAACAGUGGAAGGUGGUGAGGAACUGCCAACAGUCAGACCCUUGUCUGCAGACAGACGGUCAGUUUAGAGUUGCUGUCCCUGCUAGAGGAGCUCCCCCAAAUCUAACUGCCCUUUGCACCAACCCCACUCUGGGGAGAUCCAGCAGACAAAGCUCCCCAGCCACAGUCUCCCCCAGCUCCUUGGAUCAGUGUCUGUGGGCGACUAGCUCAGAUUUCACUGCUCUGCAUCAGCCACCAGGCUGCCACAUCUCCAGAAACAAUGCCAGUCAGUUCCCCAGCAGUCUUAGUUUUUGGGUUGAAGGGGACACUGUAACUCCUUCUCGAAACUACACUGCUGAUUUCACCCAGUUCUCAGUAUCUGACCAAGUGAUGCCGAUGCUAACGCCAGGGCCUGGACAGCAAGGGGAUGCAGAGAUACACACCUCCCUCCACUUGACUUCUGACCUCAUCUACAAUGCUGCAAUCAUCACCAACGUGUAACCUCCAUCAGCCAAACCCGAGGGAACCAGACAGCAACUUUCAAUAGCCCAAGAACUGCAUAUUACACACUGCAACACACCCAAACUCUUGAGGCAGACACGCUGUGAUGGAACAAGACCACAGGCUUGAAGAAUCCCUCACUGCCUUUCCAGACAUCCUGACCAAUGUCCUGGAAGAGGGACUCUGGCUUAUUUCUCAUCAGCAUGUUCCUAACUCAACUCCCUCCAUUGCACAUCAGCAGCUCAGGGGGUCAUGUGUGUAGUUCUCCAGCCCCAGAAUGUCUGACAGUGCACUCAACACGAGGUCCUGUAACUCCUUCACUGUCACCGUGCUCACAGUUGUGCUCUGGAAAUGAAUGGGUUAGGAAACCAUUCACCAGUUGAAGUGGGGAAACUGGUCCUGAUCCUAUCCACAUCUGGCACUCACUUUCAACAGGGGUCCGUGGAGGGUGGUCCGAGAGUGAGGCGAGGGAUAGUGAGUGGGGGAACCAUGGAAGGACUGAGAGACAAUGGUCAAUGGGCAAGCAGCUGAUUCCCAAAGUUGUAAUGAGCCUUCAUGGAUGGGCUUUUCUGAUUCCUCAUGUGAACAGUGAUGGGAUAAUUAUUGUAAUUUUUCUGCUG